GCGCGCGUGCCAGACAUAGGAAAAGCUGUGCUUGAUGCCGAAGAUAGGGUCGAGUACAGGUACGCUGUGUUCGGUGCCGUUUGAGGUAAAUGGUGAGGCCGCGUGGCUGACUCUAUAUCGCGUUGCGCAAGUUCUGUUCUACACACACGCGUACGCAAUAUACCGCAAUAUACGGUAUUUUCCGAAGCGGACGUGUUUUUCGCUCGCGACUUCUGCCGCUGCCAUGUUUAUUAGGUCGUUGCUGUUCGCCUGCGCGUUUGUUCUGAUCGGAGUUUUUGGCGACACCUCGGAGAGUAACGUCGCAUACUACCGACGCAAGGCACCGGAUAGCUGGUCGUACGGUCACGGGGGCAAGUUGGGCAUACGGCAGCGGCUUACAGUCAGACUACAGGGUCAGGAGCGCCAGUGCUACUACCAGUAUCUACUGAAGAACAGCGAGUUCUUCGUACUCGUUAGGACCAUACACGGAGGAGCCGAAAACCUGCUAAUUGAUGUCAUUGACCCACGGCUCAGUCUGCUUGAGACGCUGAAGAGUGGUGGUGAUCAGCGCUCUAUGCAAAUUUCCAGCGAAGGACCGUACGGAUUAUGCAUCGACAAUGCAAGUCGGUUCAGUACAAAGACGGUGCAGUUGUACAUAAGUGCUCGUCUUAGCCAAGAAGAGUAUGAGGCACGCGAGCGCUCCCAAAUGUCCGGACAUGUUGUGGACAUAGAAGAAGAGGAACAAGCUGGUACGCUGGAAAGACUCGACGCUGAGGAGAAGGAAAUGAUUCUGGCGUUUUCUAAGGCGAGAGCCGCUAGACUAGGCGGCCAUAUUGAGACGAUGCGUCGCUUGUUGUUCCGUAGCACGAGCGACGCAGCCGCCGACGUGACGCGAGCGCGAAGUACCGCCGACUACGUCACGUUUUGGUCGCUGGCUCAGUGUUGCGUCAUCGGCCUGGUGGCCGUGUGCCAGGCGAUUGUGCUGCGCCGCAUGUUCAACGUUGUACCGACGACGGCGAGCAAUAAACCGCGCGCAUAGAUGCCUGCACGCCUGUGUAGCGGACGUCGUCGUGUGUGCGUGCGCGCGCGUGUGUGUGUGCGCGUGCGCUUGCGCUCGUGUGUGUGCGCG